AGCCAUUUGAGAGUCAUCUGACAAAUUAUUUUGCGUUGUUUGUUCAUUGUUCCAUACGGAUGCAUUUAUUUGUUGCAUUUAUUGUAUUUUUAUAAUAAGUUAAAAUGUCGAGUUUGAAUAAUGAUAGUCAACUUAAGGCAGGCCACCCACCAGCAGUUAAAGCAGGAGGCAUGCGAAUUACCCAGCAUAAAGGUCACAGAGAACCCAGUGGCUUAGGAGAAGAUACUACCUCACUUAAAGUGUCUACUAGUCCACCAAAAACAACAACUAUCUCAGGUGCCAUUCCUAAAGGCAAUGCAGAUUUCCCUGCAGAAGCUGUACAGAGCAUUCAUAAGGAAAAACCACCAGCAAUUCAUACCAAUAAGCCUUCCGUUUGUGUUAUUCAGCAGCCAAGGAAAUAAUCAUUUAAAAUGCAGGUUGGAUUUUAUUAUAAUUUCCUUGUUAAAAGUUAUCUUUGAAUCAAUUUUAACGUAGUUACUAUACUUUAAGUUUUAAAAUAUUGGGAGAAAUUGGGUUGUGGGCUUAUAGUGUUUUAAAAAUCAAGUUUGAUAUUGAAUGCCUUUAUAUCAUUAAAUAUUUUAUUAAUA